AGGGCGAGGCGGAAGUGGGGAAGUUCCGUAGCACGCGGCUGCCUCCAUGAGCCGCCAUGGACGUGGGUGCCGACGAGUUCGAGAAGAGCCUCCCAAUGCUGCAGAAGCUCCUGCGGGAGGCGGACUUCGUGGGCCUGGACAUAGAGUUCACUGGACUUCGUUCUAACCUGUCCAGAUUCCAGCAGAUCAGCCUUUUUGAUUUGCCAUCUGACUGGUAUCUAAAGACUCGACAAAGUAUUCAGCAAUUUUCAAUCUGUCAAAUUGGGUUGUCUGUAUUCUCCAGCAUUGAAGGAGAGUCAAACAUGUAUAUAGCCCAUUCGUGUAACUUCUUUCUCUUUCCUACAACAUUUGGCAUUUUGGACACAGAAUUCUCUUUCCAGGCAUCCAGUGUUCAGUUUUUGAAUCAGUAUGGCUUCAACUAUAACAAGUUUCUCAAAAAGGGAAUCCCAUAUAUGAAUGAAGAGCAGGAGAAGAAAAUUAAGCAUAGUAUCCUGACAGGGAACUGGAAAGUUCGCAGUACUCUGGAUAAAGACCAAGUCAAGGUGGUGAUUGAUGAGGUGACGCGGUGGCUGGACCUGGCCAAGGAAGGUGACCAGAUAACUCUGCCUGGGAUGGCUGGGUUUCGGGCCUUUGAGGUGCAGCUGGUGCUGAGGCAGGCCCUGCCCAACAUCUGGACAGUGCUGAGAGACCAGGAAGUGAUAGUGAAAAAGGUGAGCCUUCAGCAUCGCUGGUACCUGGAGCAUGCCUCUGGUGACCGAGACAGCUGUUGGAAGGAGGAGAUUCUUCUCUCUGCGAGAGGUUUUUCUGUCUUUUUCCAGAUGCUGGUACAAGCACAGAAGCCCUUGGUGGGGCAUAACAUGAUGAUGGAUCUGCUGCAUCUCCAUGAGAAAUUCUUCAGACCCCUCCCAGAAAGCUAUGAUCAGUUUAAGCAGAAUAUCCACAACCUGUUUCCUGUUCUUAUUGACACCAAGAAUGUUACAAAGGAUAUCUGGAAGGAACUGCAUUUCCCACGGGUUUCCAACCUCUUGGAAGUAUACGAAGUGCUGAGUAGCAACUUGAAUCCCACCAAGGAUUCUGCACCAGUGAUUGUUCAUGGAAACAAAUGUGAAAAAUACGCCAAGACGAAGUACCCCCAUGAAGCAGGAUAUGAUGCCUUCCUAUGUGGAUCAGUUCUUUUGAAAGUGGCACACUUGCUCCUACAGCGAGUGCAUGGCCAUGUUCCCACGUCUGAGUCGUCCUUCCCGCAGUACCUCGAUGUGCUGGCUCCUUACGUGAACCAAGUGAACCUUAUCCGAGCGGCAGUCCCUAAAAUUAACUUUGCAGGCCCAGAUUUUCCCAGUAUCCGGCCUCCCAUCCUCAUCCUCACUGUCAGAAGGUGGCCUGGGGUCAGUGAGCAGCAAGUGUAUGGCGAGUUCCAGAACCUCUGCAAGUUCGAUGUCAGACGGCUCACUCGAAGCCAGUUCUUGCUCCUGACCAAUAAGUUUAAGGAUGUCCGCAGUGUCCUGAAGGACUACAGGUGCCACCCGACCCUGCAGGUUUCCCUAUACCGAUACUGGAGACACUCCCCCAAUGUCAACUGUGUGCUACAAGUCUGCAGCGUAGUUGCUGCCUGGGCCCUGCUUGGAUUUCUUCUGGGAAGAUCCAGCCCCUGAGUGCAGCGAGCCUCCGAAAACCUCUGUCCAUCUGUUUGUCCCCAGUCCUUCCUGGGAAGGCCUUCCUGGAUUUUGUUUCUGUAAAUCAUACUCCAUUUGCAUGUGGAUCUGCAUGGUCUUUGCUGUCAGUGUUGUUUUGAGAGUGAACUUCUGUAUAUAUACCAUAAACUAUGAAGAAAUCCUUGCAUAUAA